ACAAAUCUGAGAACUGAGAAACACUUGAUCAUUAGAGCAGUGUAGAGAAGCACGAUGUCUCGUCUCCUGGCUCUGGUGGCUCUGGUGGCCCUGGUCCUUCCGGUCACUCUUUCAGCAGAAUGUACGCACACUGUUGCAGAAGGGCCUGAUAAAUAUCUGCUACCCCUGCUUAAGAAAAGGGCUCCAGACCUGACAGAAAUAGAAUGGAAACACAAUUCAGUACUUUUAUUCAAAAGAAAGAACAAAAUAAUCAAACCAGGCAAGCAGGAGGACAUCACCGAUAAAGGAGCUCUGGUACUCCGACAGCUGGCAGCCAAACAUGCAGGAACGUACGUGGGAGAGGUGUUCCAGGAUGGGAAAAGUGUGGAAAAGCAGGAGAUUGAACUGUGUGUGAAAGCCAAAGUCCCCAAACCUACUGUGACGAUUAGUUGUCCCACAAAGGAAAGGCCUUCACCUGAAGUCACCUUCAGCUGCACCCCUCAGCAAGACAUGACCUUCACAUGGAGCAAAAACCAAGUUAUCAUGAAGGGGGAAAAGGCAUCUACUCUGGUUAUGAAAAUAAAAGAUCUGAAAAAGGUCGACACGUUUAGCUGCACCGUCGAUGACACGUACAGCAACGAGACGAGCGACAGCAUCGGGUCCACCUGUGCAGGUAUCCAAGGUGGCAGCGAGGUGACAACGGGAACUCUGCUUGGGUUUCCUUUCUGGGUGACGGUGAGCGUCCUGGCCGGCGGCGGAGGAUUCGUCUUGCUGCUCAUUGUCAUCACAACCGUGUGCUGCUACCGCAACCACUGCAAGAACCAUGAGGACGAGGAGGCUGAAUUCAGGCUGGCUCCUCUGACCCAGCCCCAGUCCCAGCCCCAGCCCCAGCCCCGCCACAGGGACCCAGCACACAAACAAAAAUCCCCCAUGGACGCCACGCGGCCCCUGCCCGGUACGGGAGCACCUCGGCAGGCCUCAGCUCAACCCAAAACCCAGGCCCGGGGGAGGCCUCCUCCGGCCCCGCAAGAGGAAGACGAGGAUUGCCCCCCCCCGCUGCCCCACCCCCGGAGAUCUGGGCCCCGACCACCCCACCACUGAGCAGCUCCACCUCUCCACCCAACACCUCCACCCAAUACCCCCUCCUCUGACCACCUCCACCUCUCCACAGAAUACCUCCAUGCGUGAGAGGAACUGUAAACUGGCCUCUCGUCUCUGUCUUUGCCUCCAUGAGCACAGCAGGGAGGAGAGGAGACAGGCUAGGAUCAGGAGACCCACUUCUGCUGGUCACUGAUGAGGAGGAGAGGGAGACUGAAAGUAUUUAGAUGAGAAGCACAGAGGUCGGGCAGCACUUCUGGUAGGCAUAGGCUUCAGACUACCAACACAUCUCAGAGUUGUAAUCUGAGCCUGUUUUAGAAAUGAGUUGUUUGCUUUGAUUGAAAGUAUUUUAACUAUUGCUCUGCUGACAGUAAGCGAUAUUUAAAUGUGUUUUUACGCUUUGGUCAGUGUUCUGGAUCCUCCGAAAGUUUGUUGAGGAUGUGGGAGAAAGAAACAAGUUAAUUUCCUUUAAUGCCUUUUCAAGUAACAUACCAUGGUUGUUGUUUAGCACAAGAUUCAAUAAAAAUUCAGUCAUUCAGUUAUA